CAGCGAGCGACACAGGUGCGGCUCAUAGCCCCGACCCAUGACAAGCACGCCCUCGACGCUUGCGAUCGACGCACAACUGGCGCAACGCCGAGCGUAUUUUCGCGACAAACAGAGGCUGCAUCGCCGCAAGGACAAGGAACGGAUCGCGGCCUUGCGCGACGAGUGCCAAACGCUGCAACUCCUAGCUCGAUUCCUACAAGCCAAACAUCACAGACCGCCCACGCCGUGCGAGGACGAGCAUCAAGGUGGCAUGUCGCUGUCGUGGCAGGUCAUCGCGACCACAUUUCGUCAAGAGUCGCAAAGAGGACAACGGGACAACAAGGACUUGAUCGCACAAACAAAUAGCUACCGCCGAUGCAUCGACUUGAUGGACACUGUCCGUGAUGCCUACCACGUUCUACCCAUGGCGACGGCGUCGUGGAGUCGAUUGUUCCGGCAUGCCAUUCUCCCGUCGGAUCCGCACGCGCGGCGGGUCGCAAAGGAGUGGCUGACGCUGCACAUGUACCACAACACGGACCGCGUGUUGAGCCAAGUCCAGUCUCGACCAUCUUGCGACUUGUUUUUGGACUUUGACGUCGAGUACACUGGUCCGCACAUCAUCUUCAUCGAGCACUCGCACGAGCUGCUGUCGUUUCCGAUGGCCCACGUCGUCCACGUCCUCCGCCACAACCUCAACUGUUUAUGGCAUUUUGAUGCGAGCCAGGUCAUGAUCGAGUCUGCGAGCAACACGCAGUACUAUCGGUACCGCCACCCGAGAGACGCCACGUGGAAUCUCCUGCAAGCGUACUUUCACGAAGCGGAUCGGUGCGUGAUCGUGUUCCGACGCAUUCAGGAAGACGCGGACGAGCCCGAGUUGAAGCGUCGGCAGAAGCACGUAAUGGAAUGGCUCGACAUCCGACGAGUGACGGCGACGACCACCACCGUCCGCACGCUGCUGGUUACGUCGCAGGCUCGCACGAACGACAGGUUCUUGACGGUGGACGAAGUCGCGGCCGAGUGCGGCGUCGAAAUGGCUGGUGUUUCGGACGAUCGUGCCAAGAAGGACAUACUGAAGGCGUUUGUGGUGACGAAAGCCCGAGACUUUGCCGCCACGUACAACGAGCGACUGGUGGACGAGCUGUUGUGCAUGCUGAGCCCCGAUCCGCGCAGCAGCACGAACACUAGUCUUGUGGAUGUGGCAAAUUAGGUGUGAUUGACCAACUGGAAUGGUGUUACGAGAGAUGGAGUAGUCCCUAGGCGAAGGUGCUGAACGGUCCUUCGGCAUGCCACCAAGUGCUGCGUUUGGCUAUUGCAGUGAACGUCGAUGGAUAACAAAAUUGUUGAAAGUGGUUGGUGUGAGCGCAUACCGGCGAGUGGCCUUGAACUUGCAAGGUCGCAUUCUUCAAGAUUGUGUGGUCAAGUUGUCG